UGUUAGUCAUUUUGAGGCAGUCUGUUGCUGGAGCCAGUCUGUUAGCCAGAAGAACCCUCGAUUUGCUGGAUUGACAUGUAAACAAAAUCCCUAGCUAACGUUAGCUAGUUCAUUGAAACAAAUGAAGUCAGCGUGAGAUCGACAUAAUGGGGAAAAGAGAUAACAGAGUGGCUUAUGUGAACCCAAUAGCUGCGGCCCGAGCGCGGGGACCGGCGCCUUCUUCAGGGCCCACCAUACAGGACUACCUGAGUAGACCUAGGCCCACAUGGGAAGAAGUGAAAGAGCAACUGGAGAAGAAGAAGAAAGGUUCAAGAGCACUGGCAGAAUUUGAAGAAAAAAUGAAUGAGAACUGGAAGAAGGAGUUGGAGAAAAACAGAGAGAAAUUACUUGGUGCAAGUGAAAGUAAGAAGGACAAGGAUAAAGAAAAAGAAAAAGAGAAGAAAUUACCUGGUGGGAGUGAAAGUAAGAAGGAUAAGGAUAAAGAAAAAGAAAAGAAACAGAAAAAACGGAAGGAGAAGAAGAAGUCCAGCAGGCAUUCCUCGUCUUCCUCCUCUUCAUCAAGCUCUGAUUCCUCUAGCAGCUCCUCUGAUUCUGAUGAUGAGGAUGAAAAGAAGAGCGUUAAAAAGAAGCGGAAAAGGAAGCAUUCCUCUGCCCGGAAAGCUUCGGAGGGCUCCCUCUCAGAGUCCGAGUCGGAUAGCAAGGAGUCUUCCAAGAAGAAAAAGAAGAAACUCAGGGAGGACCUGGAGAAAGAGAAGGAUGGCAGCCGGAAGAAGAAGAAGGCCGAGCGCACACACAAAGGCUCCUCUUCUGAGUCCUCCGCUGACUCGGUAAUGGAUGGAGAUGUGGAGUCAAAGAAGAAGAAGAGGAGCAGUGAGGAGAAGGAGAAAACUACAGAAAAAUCGAAGAAGAAGAGAAAAAAGAAACACAAGAAACACGGGCGGAAGAAGAAGAAGGCCUCGGGCUCUGGGUCCGAGCUGGAGAAGCGCCCGGCGGCACAAACGCCGGAGACGGGAGCGCACGCUGUUUAGGGAGGACGUUUAACAAUACUACCAAAAAAAAACAACAGCAUCGUCAACCCCCUGCAUGACGGAAGACUUUUCCUGGCGAGCGAGAAGCUCGCCCCCUGCUCCUCAAGGGUUUUAUCAUGGGGACAUUUCACGUUUCAGUUACUUUGAACUUUGCAGUUUUUUAGAGGAAAAUUUUCAGUCCAAAUAAAGGUCAUGUUACCAAUAUGAUUGUCGAGAGUGGCUUGUCUGAAUGAUUCCUUGUCGAUUUGAAGCAUAAAAUCGGUUUUCUGUGGUAUACGAGGCCCGAGACUGUUGUACUGCAGCAGGGAACUGCUUAUUAUGACCUCUUUGCUCUUCAAAGGUGGUUAGUGAUGACUUUCACUCCAACAGGUCUUUCACAGCUGUUAUGUCUGCAAUUUAUGUUAUUUUCUCAUGUUUCAGUUGAAAUUUUGGAGUACAAUAAUUAUGUGACUUCAGUAUGCUUGUAUGUGCUGUGCAUGUACCUCCAUCAGGACUGUUACCAGCCUCAUAUUGAAGUUGGAAUUACAAAACUUGGUUAGUUAUAGUUGGUGGAGACAUGUUUGGUCCUUUGAGAUUGAAAAAUAAAAGAUGGUGGAUAAUUCUAAAGUUUGACAUGAAAUAAAAUUAUAUUGUAGCACU